CCCCCAGAAAGAGACACAGCUGCCAUCAGCUGCCAUGCCUCCAGCCCCCUUGGAGAUAGCUAUUGGUGAAAGCUCGGAUCCUGAAAAUGGCGCCAGCAGCCCUAGGAGUCAGAGUAGCCAGAAUUGGGCCGAGUCUCCACCCACAGGUUCGCAGAGUUCGCAGAGGGACCUGUUCGACGCAAAGCCCAGUCGAGAGUCAGGUCCUAACAUGAUCAAAGGCUUGGACACCAUCCUCAGACACCAGUUCGGAGAUGUUUCCAGGGAAGCUGAAGCUGGGAAAGAAGGAGCGUCCGAGUCUCCACCCGAUGCCAUGAAGGAGCCGUCACCCUCCGGUCGUAGACGAUCUGACUCCUUUGCAGAGGAAUUUGCGGCCACGAAGAGCUCGAGCUGGAAAGCACAGCUUCUGCAACUGAUUUCUUCUGGGCGCUUCACUGGAUUCUUCUUAUUCCUCACCAUGUAUAGUUUCUAUGCUCCAGAUCUAGAUGUCAUUUUUGGCCACAAACAAUCUGAAGUCGUGAUCAGUGUGUCCAUGACGCUCACGUUGACUUUCUUUCUCCUGGAGCUGGUACUGAACAGUCUGGCGAAGCCGCAGUACAUCUGCCGUUUCUCCUUUUGGUUGGACCUGGCGGCCUCGCUGUCGCUGUUGCCAGAGACAUGGUUCUGGAAGCAGAUCUUGAGUUCCAACUUCAUCGCCAGUAACGAUGAAAGCUUUACCCGUUUCUUGAUGUUGGCAGCGCGUUCCUCGCGUGUCUCGCGGCUGCAGCGUCUGACGCGUCUCAUGCGGAUUGCCGCAUUGUUACCGCGCAUCACUGGCUUGCUCCAGCGAGGGAAUCGGCAGUUGGAUGCUGACUCCCGGACUUUGUUAGACAAGAAGUUGCAUCGCGUCUUCGCAUUUCUUGACCAGGACUAUGAUGGCAAGAUCUCCACCCAAGCGCUAAGCGCUGUGCUUGCGAGAUUUGACACAGCUACCAGGAAAUCUUCGAACUCGCGCAGGAAGAUCACGAAUCUCUCCUUUUUUUCCAACAAGACUUCAAUGAGGAGCAACUCGCCAGAACUGCAGGACCAACAGGACCAGGACCAGGACCAAGAGCAGGAGAAUCAGAGUCGGACUGGGCCAAAGUCAAGACAGGGUUCCGAGGUCUCCUUCAACGGCAAACAGAUUCGCUUUGAGGCCACUGAGGCGGACGUAUCGCCAACGGCCUCAGAGUUUUCCAUUGGCGUUCCGGUUCCAUCUGCCGAGCGUCAGGAGGAGAACGAGGUCAAGAAGGAGGUCAAGGACUUAAAAAAGAUGAAAACGGAGGACAGCGAAUUCGGCCUAAGCGAGGACGAGAUUGCAAGAAGUGACAGCAGUGCAAGCAGCAUCAGGCGCGAGGAGAGCCUACCUCUCCACGAUCGAGAUUCGUCGCAUAAGAGUACAAAGUCCUCAGUGGCAUCAUGGAUGAGCGAGGCUCGUGGAGUGACCUUUGAAGAGUUUCGGGAACAGAUUCUGGCCGAAGAGUGGGUGGACAAGCAGCUUGCGAGCAUUUGCAGGACCGAGUUGAUGAAGAAUAGCUACAUGCACUCGGACCGUGUGAAACAGAUGGAAGACAUCGGGGUGAAGGUGGCCUUAGGUGUGUUGUGCAACAUUCUCAUUGUAAGCAUCUUCAGCUGGUCGAUUGAAGACCUUGGAGCUAGGCAAACCUUGAGCAUGCUGGACGGUGCAGGGGCUUACUCCGCCAACUCCUCGCUGUUCUUGCCCGAGACGAUGCAGCAUUCUGUCUUGCUGUGGAGUACCUCAUUAGAUCCUGAUUCGAUUCAAGGAAGCCUGAUAUUUCUGGACGUGGCGCAGAGAACGGUGUGCAACGAGCUGGACCAGGGCAAUUCUGCAGUCAGCUGCACAAUGGCCCACGACCCCUGGCUGUGGCCGCAACGUGGAUCCUUGACCGCCGUGGACGAGGCGUUUCAGAAGUCUUCGCACCGGCAUUCAGACGUGGUCCUGUUGCGGGUGCCAGAUGAUAGCCAGCGUGAGGCGGCAACGUCGCUGGAAGAUCUCAAUCGCAGGGUCACAUCAUUGGCCUUGCUGAAUAUUCGGUACCUUCAGGAGCAGAAUGCGAUCUUCUCUGUGAUAGUGACAAGCACGGCCAUCAUCUUGAUUCUCGCGGGCAUCUAUGUCUUCACCCGAGAUAUCAGUGUGCUAUCCUCGGGGCUGCUACGCCCGCUGCGCCUAUUGGCUGAUGACAUGCAGAGCGUUACCCAGAUGCAACUGGCAGGGCUUCAAAGUAACAAAGCCGUCAUCAACUUCGACCGAAAUGUCGCGGAGAUUCGACUUAUUGAGGGCAUCUUCGAAAAAACGAAGACAGCGAUUCGAAGUUGGGGAAAAUACGUGCCAUGGCCUGUGGUUCAGAUACUGUUGGCUGCAGGAAUCGACUCCGCCUUAAAGUUGGGCAUGAUGGAAGUGACGAUGUUCUUUUCGGACAUUGCUGGCUUUACCACGAUCGUUGAGAAGCUCCCUCCGGAACGGUCUUUGGUGCUGCUGAGCAGAUACUUCAAUGACAUGUCGCAGGUCAUCGACAAUCACGGCGGGAUUGUCAUUGAGUUUAUUGGAGAUGCCAUUCUUUCUGUCUAUGGGGCUCCCUUGCGCAAUCCAAUGCAUGCAGAUGCUGGUGUACGAGCAACACUGAAGAUGCUGAAGGCUACUGAUCGAAUCAACGCCUGGUCCAAGCACCGCUCCUUGCCGCAGGUGAGCAUUCGCUGUGGGGUCCACACCGGCGAGGUGUUGGUUGGCAACAUGGGCUUCCACUCCAGGAUCAAGUAUGGCUUGACGGGAGAGAAUGCCAACAUCCCCAGCAAGUUGGAAGAACUGAACAAGACGUAUAGCAGCAGCAAUUUAAUCUCGGAGGACACCUACAUCAACUUGCCACCGGAUACUUUCAUCACUAGGCCGGUGGACUCUAUCUACCUGAGGAAUAGCGAUCGUGAAUCCACCAUUGUCUACAAUGUCCUGGGCCUGGCAGAUGGCGCUGAGAAGGUGACCAAAACCGAAAGGAUGGAGAAGAUGGCUGCAACCUACCAGGAAGCCUACAGAAACUACCGGUCUCAAAACUUCAAGAAGGCGAGUGAGCUCUUCCAGAAAUAUGCCAAGCUCUCCAAAAAACUGGGUCCCCAGGACUCAGCGGCUCUCCUGAUGCAGAACCGUUGUAAGUUCUACUUGGAGAACCCGCCUUCACGAUCCUGGGAUGGCGUAUGGGAUCAGGCCAAUGAUUGACGACGGACGCGACGAAACGCGAACCCGUCGGGGUGAGUUGGUUUUUUGGUUUAUGGAUGGCAGCCAGGUCAAAAUGGGCCAGGUUUAUGGAGACCGUUGGAAAGAUUUACGCCAGGUUUGUUAGAUGCUUUGUUGGUG